AGUCUUAAACAAUAUUUCAGAAACAAUGGCGGAAAAUGGCGGAAAAGAAGUGAAGGAAGGAAAGGAGGGAAAAGAUAAAUCUAAGAAAGCUCUAGAUUUAGAUUUGACCAACUCUACCCGGGAUGUUUGGCUGGUCAAGGUUCCCAAGUAUAUUAGUGACAGAUUUUCCAAAGCUGGUCCUAAUGCCGAUGUUGGAAAACUGCGCAUCCGACGUGUACCGGGCAUGCGGGCAGACGUUACAUUUACGCUCUCAGACGCUAUCUGCGCACCUAUAGUAGGAAUCUCAGAGGAGGAAUCCCUGGAUUUAGUUCGAAACUCGUGUACAAGUCAAGCUGUACCAAAAGAACAUAAGUUUAAGAUCUCCAGUAUAGCAAACCAGACCAUGGGGGUCUUCAGUCAUAUUCCAGGAGAUAAAGAUGCCGUUCCUCCGGUAGCAGAUAAGAUACAGAUUGAGGGUAAGGUUGUACAGAGAGCAGAGUGUGGUCCAAUUCAAAAUAAAUCCUACAUGAACAUCAAGAGAGAAGCAAUCAUUAAAGCUGGAGAACCGAGAAGGAAAGUGAUGAAACUAGAGAAACAUGUACAGAACUUCCGUCCAGUAGCAAACCAUAUCGCAAACAUACAGUACGACAAACAGAAGAAGUUGGAGGGUAAGAAGAUGAGAGAUGACAAGGAGAAGGUGAUGGAGAUCCUCUUCGCUCUGUUUGAGAAGCAUCAGUAUUAUAAUAUAAAGGAUUUGGUUGGAGAGACAAGGCAGCCUGUUGCCUAUCUAAAACAGAUCCUAAACGAAGUGUGUAACUACAACGUGAAACAACCAAACAAAAACAUGUGGGAGCUGAAGCCUGAGUUCCGUCACUACAAGGAGGAGAAGGAGGUGAAGAAGAAAGAUGAGUUGGAUGAUAGCGACAGUGAUUAAAUACAGGAAGAGUUAACUGUAUCUUUGAAUUCCAGCCUGUACAUUGUACACUUGUACACUGUACGUACAGUGUACACAAUAUCUGCAUCGCAAAUGUACAAUGUUGCAGAAUUCCGCCACAAGUUCUCAAUACAUCAGGAUCCAUUCAGAAUAAUUGUGAUAAACUUCGUUAUUUUCAGA